CUAAAACUCUAUUUUACUGUAUACCCACUCCCUUAAAUUUGUUCCAUGAAAAUUUGGCCAUGACCGUAUAGGCGGUUUCCCAUCGGGCUGCGCGCUCAACCACCCGGCGUGCCGCCGUCAGCCUAUCAGCCGAUUUACUACAUCAGAACGAGAGUUAAGUCUGCGCCCAUUCCAGCUAAGCCAAGAUCUUUGAUCACAUCAGGUGCUGUGCAAAGUCCUCCAUUUAUCAUCCCCAGUCAAAGCCAUCACUAGCUGUGCCAGACAUUGCCACCACCCACCUACUUCCUCCCAGAUUUCUUCUCCUUCCUUCAUCCCACUCGACAUGCAACAGCAGCCCACCUGCACUAGCCUACGUGUGAGAUCACCCCAAGAUGCUCAAAUCAUCUUUCACGCGGUAGCUCUUGGAGUCUUACCCAUGGUAACCCGUCGUUUGGACACAGAGGAACGGCGUUCGAUAAGCUCGGGUUGCGUUUUCGUUUGGGAAGAACGAGGGCCAAGCCCGGAGGCUACCGGGCUCGGUAUUGAACGAUGGACUGACGGCAAGAGGUGGGGUCCAAGCCGAGUCCGCGACGAAUUUCUUUUCUAUCAGGAAAAAGACCCUGAACCAGUCGAUAUCGACCCAAACUCAGACUCUGAUACCACGAUCGGAUCAAGUCCCUUGGUGCAACCUGGCGCGAACCACGAAUAUGUGCGUUCCAGUUUGGUCAAGCAAACGUAUUCCGUCUUCGUUGAGACCCCAAUGGGACGGAAGAAAUGGCAUCUUAUUGCCUAUUUCACUCACGACAGCCUCGAUUAUCUCCGAACCGUGUCUGACCUUCCCGACCUCGCUCGUAUCGUUGUGCCUCCAGGGAACUAUAGAAGCGCUCGACACAACACGAGCAAGAACGGUCGUGCUCAGCGAGAAGAACGACAGGUCCCUUUCGCCCCUCAGUAUGCUCCGUACCCCUCACCUCCCCGGGUCCAGCAUUCCAAUGACAGUCCGCACUACCCAGGACGUGCGCCACCUCGAGACGGCCAAUCGCUAGCGCCCCUUACGUACCUUCAAAACCUAGCUCCUCCCCGAAGACACCCGUUGGAUGAAGAGGCUCUAAUGGCAUUUUACCCUCGCUUGUGUUGAACUUCGUAUUAUGUUUUCUUCGCACUGUUUUCUAUGGACUGUAGAAUUAAUAACCUAUAGACCUGCAAAUGCCGUGAUGUUAUCGUUUUCAUCAUACGUUAUUCUCUUGGUCGUCUAUCAGACCAAUCUCGUGUUUGUACUUAUACUUUUGCUUGCGUCACCUACAUUUACAUUUGCGCUUUGACGACAUAAUUUGCUUCCUACGUCCCUGAAUUGAUAUCUUGUCCUCAGUUGAGCUUGACAACCACACGAAUUGGGCAACUGUAGUACUUGUGUGACGCGGCACUCAGCUGAAUCAUAUGUGUUGCUCUCACGAACUUGAUCCCGUGUGUAUACACUGUCAGACGCUUUUCUUUCAAAUGGUGAAUGCUGUUGAAUGUGUCCGAUGUAAAGACCGCAAAUACUGCUCCAGAACGCCACUGUCCCCGCACUAUUAUCUU